ACUACAGCUACCUGAACGGCGACAGUACCAUCCCACCAUCCCAUCGCUGAGCGGUCGUUGUCCCUUCGCUACCUGUCCAUCCAUUGCCCAACAUGUCCGCACCGAAUGUUCUCAACGCCGUUUCUCGAUGGGCCGUCCCGAUAUUCAUCGCCGUCUCCUUCGGCCAGGCGGCGAUAUACGACGUAAAAGGCGGAACAAGAGCCGUCAUCUUCGACCGAUUGUCCGGUGUGCAGGAGAAGGUGGUCAAUGAAGGCACACACUUCCUGAUCCCCUGGUUACAGAAGGCCAUUGUCUACGAUGUGCGAACGAAGCCGAGAAACAUCAGCACCACAACCGGAAGCAAGGACUUGCAGAUGGUCAGUUUGACACUGAGAGUGCUGCAUAGACCGGAGGUGCAGAUGUUGCCCAAGAUCUACCAGUCUCUCGGCCAAGACUACGACGAAAGAGUCCUGCCAUCGAUUGGCAACGAAGUCCUCAAAGCCAUCGUGGCCCAAUUCGAUGCCGCCGAGCUAAUCACACAAAGAGAAGCAGUUUCAAACAGAAUCCGAACCGACCUGUUGAAACGAGCGCAGGAGUUCAACAUUGCUUUGGAAGACGUCUCAAUCACACAUAUGACCUUUGGUCGAGAGUUCACCCGCGCAGUCGAGCAGAAACAAAUCGCACAACAGGACGCUGAACGAGCACGGUUCAUCGUCGAAAAGGCUGAGCAGGAGCGACAAGCCAACGUCAUCCGUGCAGAAGGUGAAGCAGAUGCUGCAGAUAUUAUCAGCAAAGCCGUGGCCAAGGCUGGUGAUGGCCUGAUCCAAAUCAGAAGGAUCGAAGCCAGCAAAGACAUUGCGCAGACUUUGGCCACGAAUCCGAACGUGACAUAUCUACCUGGCGGCAGUGAGGGAGACGGUGGAAAGGGUAAAAGUACGGGACUCUUGCUCGGUCUGAGGGCAUAACCGAAUGGAAGAGUCAACAUGAAACAAUAUGUAAAGCUAUGAUCACCCACUACUGUUACUAUUUCACCUUCUGCUUUCCCAGUGUAGCAUUACAUACCUAGCGAGUGGAAAAUCGGACGGACAUUCUCAACUUUCA